AUGGCGUCGCCGCAGGACGACGACAUGUAUCUAUUCUCGGGAAGCCUUGACCAUACAUCCACCUUCGCCGGUGAAGAUUUCGACACCUUCUUGACAUCUACGGCUCCUGAACUGGAUCUGCCCGCAUCGAGCGCCGGAUUCCUCGACCCCAGCGACUUGUCGAUCAAGAGGGAGACCGACGACUUCCACCCUCUCCCGAGCGGUGCUGCCUUUGCCCGAUCUUCACGUGGGUCUGGUUCGGGUUCGAGCACAUCGUCUGCCGAGUACCUCGAGGAUCAUAACCGUAACACCUCCGCAGCCUCCACCGCCUCCCCUCCUGCGCAUGAUUCUUCCAUGGAGCGAACCUGGGGGAGUGGGAUAACCGGAUUUUCAAUAUCGUCUAAUGAACCCCUGUUUGAGGAUGCAUCUAUGGCCGGCUUGGACCCCGACUUCGAGGUCAGCAAUACACAGAUGGCCACUGAUUUCGAUUUUGAAACGGCAGCGAGCACGCCAAGUGGGUUUGACCUGAGAAACCUAAAGAAGGUUAAGAGCUCUCUGGUCACCCAGCCCUUUGAUUCACAGCCAAACAAUGCGACCUUUGGGAAGUACAACUCCCCCAUCAACUAUCCGACCAGUGGGCAGCAACAGUUCAUCUUCUCUAGUUCCAGAGAGGCCUCCCCCCUCAACGCAAUGCUCCCCUCUGCACAAAGUCGUUCCCCCUGGAAUAAGCACUCUCCAUCAGCCGGCUUGGAGGAGACCUUUAAUCAUAUCACCAUGAAUGGGGACUCGCCCGGAAAUGCAACUUUUUCUCCUAAUGUACAAUUUUCGGCAACGGGCUUCAGCUUCGACCCAGAAUCAAGUGCAACUCCUUCCACCUUUAACAAAGAUAUACCUUCUCCCGCUUCGACAGUCAACUCCGCAGAAAGCGGUCCCGUACUCACAGUACAUCCGACCUCUCUUAAAUCCCGAGUCGAGACACAAAUCCCGAUCAAAUUGACUCUCUCGUCCCUUCCCCCGGGGGCCAAGAGGCUAAGGCUUCCGAAGCAUACAAUCUCAAAGCCCAAGUUUCUGGCGAAAUCGGACCCUGACCGAUCACCCGAGAUUUUAGAGCUCCACACAUCGUUAGUCUGCACCAGUGCCAUGCAAGAUCCUGCCAAGCUGCAAAGGGCGUGGGCUCGCGCGAGGGGCGAAGACCCGGCUCCCUACACACGUCCGAGCCCUGCUUCUUCAACGGAGUCGUCCACCUCGAAGGAUGACGAAGAUAAGCCUUUGAAUGGUGGCGAAGUACGCAUUUGUGCUGGCUGCAUACAACGAGAAAGGAAGAGAGCGUCCAGGAAAAAACAAAAGAAACCCGAGGAAGAAGAAUUGUUUCAGAAGGACGAAGAGAGAAGGGUGGUUGUUUUCAACACCAACGAAUUGAAAGACUGGGUCGAAGUUCCCCCUGAUACGACCGGCUUACCCGUCGCAGCAGACCAUCAACAGGUUACUUUCCCCCCCGGGGCCAUAGAGGUCGAGCUUCCCAUGCGCAUUGCCUGUUAUUGCCGCCACCAGAACGAGAAGAUGGGCUUUCAGGUGAUCUUCACUAUCAAAGAUCAUCGAGAUAAGGUUAUCGCUCAAGCCAUGACCAACCCCAUCAUGAUCACCGAUGACCACAAAACUCACAAUGCUACUGCACCAGAAUCAAACCUUCCCACACCUGUAACGACCUCGAGCCAUCAACUCCCCGGCGCUGGUGCUUUCCCAACCUCAGGCUCAGGACAGGGUCGUCCGCCUCCAGUCAACCCCAAACUGUUCAAGCAGUCAUUCUCUACUACCGAUCUGCAUGGGCUGCAGCACAAUUUCAACCCUAGUUUUCCAAUGGCUCCGCCAAGCAAUCCGUUUGCCAUACCAUCCGCAGUAUCCAGCCAGACUUCCAAGUCUUUGACUCCUCGAAAUCUAUCGAGACCUGCUUCUCCGAACGGACCAUCAGGCCCUACGACCAAGCGCCGGAAACAAAGUGGAUCUGGCAAACUACCGUCUGCAUUGACAAUGACCCGACUGGAUACCUCGCAGGUCCCUUCUGGAUCUGUGAUAAUGCCUAACAUCACCUCUUCUUCCCCAUAUGCACCCAACGUCGCGUCCUACGCGGCGCCAAAUGAUCGUCAAUUCGGGUUCCCUCCCGCACGGCCCGGCCCUCUUGGUACCAGCCCUCCCACUCCUAAUGGUAACGACCAAUCUUUUUUGGGUAACAUCAAUCGCUCUUUCAGUCUUGAAAAUCUCUCUCGACAGGCAGCAAUGUCUGCACCUCCCUCUCGACAGCAGAGCAGGCCUGGGAGCCCAGGCUCUGCAAGAAAUAGCUUCGGCGCAGCAGACGCCACUUUUGGACAAGCUGUGACUAGUCAACUUAUAGGUCAGCCUACGCGUCGUCCACCACCUCUGAUACACAAGCUCGUCCCUGCCGAAGGCUCUGUAACAGGCGGCACUGAAGUCACGCUGCUGGGGAAUGGAUUCUAUCAAGGCUUGGAGGUGAUGUUUGGCGACACUGAGGCAACGACAACGACGUUCUGGGGAGAAAAAUGUUUGAACUGCAUUGCUCCUCCAGCUUUGCAGCCUGGGGUUGUGUCUGUCGUAUUUAAACACGACCACCCUCAGUAUUCUGUGAUGCAGCAACAGUCCCAGGUCCGCCCAUCCCUCUUUACAUAUGUCGACGACAGAGAAUUGGAGAUGUUCCGCCUUGCAUUACGGACCCUAGGUAAGCAAAUGCAGCAUCCUACCGACGAUCCGUACUCUGCCGCGCAACAAUUGCUCCAGGGCCAAUCGCAUUCGGUAUGGCCUUCUCACGCCAACUACAGCAUCAAUACGGGCCAUCAGCGUAAUGUCGGCCCUGUCGGAGGAGUUCCUAUUGACACACUCGAAUUGGAGACUACAAUGAUUUGUCUCCUGGAACACAUGGAUGAACAAAGUCGUUUUAAGGCUCCAAAAUUCGACCUCUACCGUCCUUCUGGCCUGACAUUGCUCCACCUAGCUUCAUCUCUUGGUCUUACUCGUUUCGUGGCAGGUCUGCUUGCAAGGGGUGCUGACCCUAAUUUGGUGGACAACAAUGGUCAUACACCCAUGCAUCAUGCAGCCAUGAAUGGCCAUACACACGUAAUCCAUCGGCUUCGAUUAGCAGGUGCCAAUCACAAGGCCCGCAGCGUUCGACAAUUCACCCCUGCUGAUCUUGCGACCUCUUUGCUUGCUUAUCAAGCGACAAUGACUCCGGUUGAGCAUCACCGGUCGCGCAGCUUAGGUGGAACACCAAUUCGUCGGCAUAGUCGCAGCUCCUCCUCUCUUCGGUCCUUCUGGGACAAUGCGUCCGAUCACUAUGAGGGGACAGAUAUAGAAGAUUGGGUCGACUCAGAAAGUGACAACGAAACUCCUACUACGGUAUCCGCCGAAGAGCUUAAGCCUGCUAGGCCGCCAAACCAGCCUGGUCUGGUUGAGGCCGUGGUCAGUGUCCUACAGUCACGGAGAAACAGCUCGCAGCAUAAUACCGCGCAAGGACCAAGCUCACCUCAAGACAGAAAGUCGAACGCAGUUACAGGAGUAGCACCACCUGCUUUUAUGCUGGCGUGGCGUGAUCACUUAGUAGCCCAGUUGCAGCAGUUCAACGAGAGUGCACAAUCGGUCAUGCCAAACCUCGUCAACAUGAACGGGCCUCUAGCUGCAUUGCAGGAUUAUCAAGCCUAUCCGAUGGUUCGUCGUGUCAGCUCGCUGUUCCCGCAGCGGCCGAGUCCAAGGCAGCAGCCUGGUCAGCGGGAGGGUUGGUGGGAGACGUUGACUGGUACUUCGUCUCCUGCACCAUCUUCGCCCCCUGCGUACGGAGACCUCUAUCCGGAAAGUGAAGAACGCUUAGAUGGGUGGAGUCUGAAAAAGUCAUCUGCGGUCCACGCCGCUGCAGAUGCAGUCAUGGAUCUUCAGUUUGAGCGGCAAAUGGCCACCCAAGGUUCCGGGAAUAAGCCUUCGAUACCUAAUCCUGAGCCUUUGCCACGGAAGCAGAUCGAGAGGAUUGAGCUGAGUCGUGACAGGAAACUAUUCUUCUUCUGGAUUCCCUUACUGGCCAUUGUCCUAGCAAUGAUGGUCCGGAGUUCUGGCUUGACAAGUGUAUUUGAAUUUCCAAGUAUUCCUGGUCGAAUCUCACUUGAAAGGGAAGCCGUUGAGGUUUUAUGA